AUUCUACUUACGCUUCACUAACAACAUUGAAAUAAACCAUUCAUUCAACAUAACUUUCACAUUAAUCCGAAUUUAACCCAAAGAUAAAGAUCAACUAGAUGGAGAGCCCUCACGAGCAUCAGCAGAAUCUACUGCUAUCGCGUAUCAUCACCAACGUUGAAAAACUCAACGAGUCCAUCGUCGUCAUGAACAAGAGCCUCCAGGAGAUCAACAUCCAGAACAUGAACAUUGAGCUCGUGGCCCAGAUGUUCAAGAACUACCAGUCUAACGUCCUCUUCCACCUAGAAGCUACGGACAAUCUGAAAGAACCCUCAUGAGUUUACCUCUGUCCUAAAGCAUGAUGGUUCAAGCCAUGUGAUGUUAUGCGGAUUAUAUGGUCAGAUGGUAUACUGCUAUGGAAGCAAGGUUUCUAUCUGCUUUCAGUGCAACUCAUUAUCUACCCAUAUUCAUAGAAUCAGGUAAUAGAGCUUGAUGGCAUCUUAUAAUAAAGCCACCGCAGUAUCAUACAUAUGUAUUAUCCAUACGUACUAUUCAUAAGGGUCGUAUAAUAGAAAAAAGAUGCGAUGUCCACUAUUACGACUAACUGUACUUCGUACUAUGUAUGGUAAGAGAGCUUAAAUAGCCUUACAUUACUAGUUGGCCCCACCCAUCUUUAUCCAGCAUCUUAUCGGAUUGCCUAGGCACAAA